UCCGUUAACUGUUGUGAACGUCACAUGAAGCUGAUUAUUGUUAUAGGUUUGGCGGCAGUUUGGUGCGAUGCUGCGCAGUGGCAGGACAGACGGUUCCCAAACGACUUCAUGUUUGGCGCGGCCACGGCUGCAUACCAGAUUGAAGGGGGCUGGAAUGCAGAUGAUAAGGGUGAAAGUAUCUGGGAUCGCUUGACUCACGCAAACCCUGGCUUCAUCAGAGACAGAAGCAAUGGCGAUAUAGCGGCUAACACAUACUCAAACUACAAAACCGACGUUCAGAUGAUGAGAGAACUCGGCCUGGACGCGUACCGUUUCUCCAUAGCCUGGCCAAGAAUUCUACCCAAUGGCAUCUCCAACAAAGUUAGCAAAGCUGGCAUUGCGUUCUACAACAACUACAUCAAUGAAAUGGUGAAGUACAACAUCACUCCAAUGGUGACAUUGUACCACUGGGACUUACCACAGAAACUGCAAGAUCUCGGCGGGUUCAUGAACCCUAAUUUCCAUGAAUGGUUUGAGGACUACGCGCGGGUUGCAUACGAGAACUUCGGUGACAGAGUUAAGCACUGGAUAACGUUUAACGAACCGAGAGAAAUCUGUUACCAAGGGUACGGCUCUGCUAUACAAGCACCACUUAUAAAUGCAACUGAUAUUGGAACAUAUUAUUGUGCGAAGAAUUUAUUGAUUGCUCAUGCGAAAGCUUACCACGCUUAUGUGAAUGAUUUCAAGCCCAAACAAAGAGGGGUAUGUGGUAUCACUAUAAGCGUCAGUUGGUUCGGGCCAUUAACUGAUUCUAAAGAUGACAGGUUGGCAGCUGAAAUUAAAAGGCAAGCAGAGUGGGGCAUGUACGCGGAACCAAUUUUCUCCAAAAACGGAGGCUUUCCUGCAGAAUUUUGCGCGAUUGUUGCAAAGAAGAGCGCAGAACAGGGCUACCGAAGAUCUCGUAUGCCAUCAUUUACUGACGAAGAGAGGAAUCUAGUGCGAGGAUCUUCGGAUUUCUUUGGAGUAAACCAUUACAGUGGUGGCCUGGUGUCUGCUACGCAUUACAAGGAACCCUACCCUGUGCCCUCAUUGUACGAUGAUGCUGGAGUAGGGGUCUACAUGCCGCCAGAAUGGCCGCAAUCUGCUUCGUCUUGGUUGAGGCUUUCGCCAAGCAGUCUUUUCUACGUUCUUACACACCUCGACAAGAAAUAUAACAAGCCAAUAAUUUAUAUCACAGAGAAUGGUUGGCCAGAGCAUCCUAAAGAUGGCUAUUAUGUUGACAACGGCAGGGUCAAGUACUUCAGGGCCAAGUUGAACGAUGCGCUGGAUGCUUUGGAAGCUGGUGUCGACCUCCGAGGAUACAUGGCAUGGAGUUUGAUGGACAACUUCGAAUGGAAUCAGGGUUAUCUACAACGUUUCGGCCUCUACGACGUGAAUUUCAACAGCGAAUACAAGGAACGGCGUCCGAGGAAAUCUGCGUUUGUAUACAAACAUAUCAUUAAGACUCGAGUGGUGGACCCCCACUACGACCCUAAUUUCCGGACUAUGUGGAUUGAUGAGGGACAGCACUCUCACCCUAUUUACUAUAGUAAGCCUUCGAGACCUUUUUACCUGUUCUAAUUGCUAGUGCAAAGGA